CGUGAUCUAUUUGCCAAAAUCCAGUAUGGCGGAAUCUGUCGGUGGGUGAUUCUCUCACUGGCGUACUCUUAAACGGGAAUUAAGUACGUUGUGGUGUUCCGAGUGGAAUCGCCGCCACUGGAUGCACUUAGGUUGAUUUUAAUCUGACUGCCGGACCCAUUCCCCAGCCGACAGAGCUGGCUCACUCUCGCUCCGAGCCCCGCCUGGGUGCUACUGACACCUGAAAGCAGCCUCUCCUGACUUCAUCCUCCUCUUCCUCUGCCUCCUCCUCCUUGUCCUCCUCCUCUUAAUAAGUGCUAGACUCACGACUCCCCAGUGCUGUGUGGAUGGUGCUCCUUCGGUGUGCCUCCGAGGAGCACUGAGGCCCGCUCAGCACCCCUCCUCUCCUCUCUCUUCCCCUCCACCAUCUACAGCAUCCUCCUCUUCAUCUGUGAAAGAGACGACAACAAUGAGUUCCCAGAGUCACCCAGAUGGGCUUCCAAACAAAGAGCAGCCACUGGAGCUCCUGAAGACCUCUGGACUCAACCACAUUCCCUCUAUUGAUGUGAGUGCGACGCUGCCACUGCAAGUGCCCCCUGCCGCCAUCCCCAUGGACCUGCGCGUGGACCACCAGUUUGCGCUGGCGCCGGCCGACCCCAGCCAGCGGGAGCAGCAGCUGCAGCAGGAGCUGCUGGCCCUCAAGCAGAAGCAGCAGAUCCAGCGCCAGCUCCUCAUCGCCGAGUUCCAGCGCCAGCACGAGCAGCUCUCGCGCCAGCACGAGGCCCAGCUGCAGGAGCACAUCAAGCAUCAGCAGGAUCUGCUGGCCCUGAAGCAUCAGCAGGAGCUGCUGGAGCACCAGCGCAAGCUGGAGAGGCACCGGCAUGAGCAGGAGCUGGAGAAGCAGCAGAGAGAACACAAGCUGCAGCAGCUCAAGAACAAGGAGCGCGGCCAAGAGAGUGCAGUAGCCAGCACGGAGGUGAAGAUGCGGCUUCAGGAGUUUGUCCUGAACAAGAAGAAGGCCCUGGCCCAGAGAAACUUAAACCACUGCAUGCCCAAUGACCCUCGCUACUGGUAUGGGAAAACCCAGCACAGCUCCCUGGACCAGAGCUCUCCCCCACAAACAGGGAUGUCCACUUACAACCACCCAACCAUGCUGGGCAUGUAUGACUCCAAAGACGACUUCCCACUACGCAAGACAGCGUCUGAGCCCAAUCUGAAGCUGCGCUCCCGGCUCAAGCAGAAGGUGACGGAGCGCAGGAGCAGCCCUCUGCUGCGGCGAAAGGAUGGGCCCAUCACCACUGCCAAGAAGCGCUCCCUGGACAUGGCGGAGUCGGCAUGUAAUAGUGCCCCUGGUUCUGGACCAAGCUCACCUAACAACAGUUCCAACAACAUCACCAAUGAAAACGGAGUGGCGGGGUCCGUUUCCAGCAGUCCGGUGGAGCCGUCCCUGGCACACAGGCUAGCGGGCCGAGAGGGCCCCGUGAGCCAGCUGUCUCUGUACACAUCGCCCUCUCUCCCCAACAUCACUCUGGGCCUGCCAGCCACCGGCCCUUCCAGCGUGGCGUCUGGCCAGCAGGAUGGUGACCGACUGGGAAUGCCUGGGCUGCAGCCAGGAAUCCCCUUAACCACUCCGUUCAUCGCCGGGGCUCACCUGCCCUCCUACCUGGCCUCCACCCUGGAGCGCGACGGGGGCUCCGCACACAACCCCCUCCUCCAGCACAUGGUGCUGCUGGAGCAGUCGGCCCAGAACUCCCUCGUGGCAGGUCUGGGGGGGCUCCCACUGCAGUCGCCCUCCAUCCACAAGCUGCGUCAGCACCGGCCCUUGGGACGCACCCAGUCGGCCCCCCUGCCCCAAAACGCCCAGGCCCUGCAGCAGCUGGUGGUCCAGCAGCAGCACCAGCAGUUCCUGGAGAAACACAAGCAGCAGUUCCAGCAGCAGCAGCUGCACAUCAGCAAGAUGAUGGCCAAGCCAAGCGAAGCGAGCCGGCAGCACGAGAGCCACCCGGAGGAGACGGAGGAGGAGCUGCGCGAGCACCAGGCGCUGGCCGACGAGGGCCUGCCGCGCGGCGUCACCGUCAAGCAGGAGCCGCCCGACGAGCAGGACGAGGAGUUGCAGCAGAGGGAGAGGCAGCACGAGCAGGAGCUCAUCUUCAGACAGGGGGGGUGUGUGUUUUCACAGGUGGAUAGUGACACCAUCUGGAAUGAGGUGCACUCCUCCAGUGCAGCGCGUCUGGCUGUGGGUUCUGUGGUUGAGCUGGUCUUCAAGGUGGCCUCUGGAGAGCUGAAGAAUGGCUUUGCUGUGGUGCGACCCCCAGGACACCAUGCAGAGGAGAGCACCCCCAUGGGAUUCUGCUAUUUCAACUCUGUGGCCAUUGCAGCGAAACUCCUGCAGCAGAGACUCAACGUCAGCAAGAUUCUCAUUGUGGACUGGGAUGUUCACCAUGGCAACGGAACCCAGCAGGCUUUCUACAGUGACCCCAACAUUCUGUACAUGUCUCUCCAUCGAUACGACGAUGGCAACUUCUUCCCUGGCAGUGGAGCACCUGAUGAGGUGGGCAGUGGGCCAGGCGUUGGCUUCAAUGUGAACAUGGCCUUCACCGGUGGCCUGGAUCCUCCCAUGGGUGAUGCCGAUUACCUGGCAGCUUUCAGAACGGUUGUGAUGCCCAUUGCCAACGAGUUUGCUCCGGACGUGGUGUUGGUCUCGUCGGGAUUUGACGCUGUGGAGGGCCACCCCCCACCCCUGGGAGGAUACCGCCUCACCGCCAAAUGUUUUGGCUACCUGACCAAGCAGCUGAUGGGGCUGGCCGGGGGCCGUCUGGUGCUGGCUCUGGAGGGGGGGCACGACCUCACCGCCAUUUGUGAUGCCUCCGAAGCAUGUGUUUCUGCUUUGCUGGGAAACGAGCUGGAGCCUCUCCCUGAGGAGGUGUUGCAGCAGAGACCCAAUCCCAAUGCUGUGCGCUCCAUGGAGAAGGUUCUAGAAGCUCAGAGUAAAUACUGGCGCUGUCUGCAGCGCCCUGCCUCCACAUUAGGCUGCUCUUUGCUGGACGCUCAGAGGCGUGAGGCGGAGGAGGCAGAGACGGUCACGGCCAUGGCCUCCCUGUCUGUGGCCAACAAGCAGCUUGGGAAGAGGCCCGAGGACGAGCCCAUGGAGGAGGAGCCACCGUUGUAGAGUGGCAUGGGCAGCGGUUGUUGUGGUGACUUCCUCUGCUUGACGAGCCCUCCGCCGGCUCCUCUCUGGCUCCUACUCCUCCGUUUGUGGCUGCAGGCCCGGCGAACGGCAGACUGAACGACAUCUCACACCACCCACCCAAAAAAACAUGAUAACUCAUCCUCAAAACGGAAUCUAAACCUACAACCAAACUCGUCAAAAAGACACUAAAUACCCCCCCACCCCCACCCCAUGAGUACCCUCAGCCGUUUUGAAGCAGUCUUUGUUCAAAAAAUGAGGGUCGGGGGAGGUGGGGGGGGAGGGAAGGGGGGGGCUGGGAUCUGUCCCCUAGAAGGUGGGGUGUCUCGUACCAGGUUGACACACCACUCGCUGUGUCCACUAAGGGAAACGGUGUCUGGGUUUCGGACGGGACGCAGCUGACCUGACCGCCGACCGACCAGCUCUUUAUCCCACGGCGACAUCAUCACUUUUCCCCACCUUCCUUGAGAUGUAGAUGCUGAGCGCCGGUGCUUUGAGACGAACACCGUGCAACACAACGAAAACAAAAACAAACUAACUAACUAAUGGACAAGCUCACCGGCAAGCUCCCAGAGACGUCGGCAUGACCAGACAUGGGAUUUGCCACAAAGAGCAACUUCAGCUGUGACUCUCUCUUUCUUUCUUUCUUUCUUUCUUUCUUCUGCUCUCUCUCUUUAUUUCUUUCUUUCUCUCUAACUUCUUUCUUCUCCAUUUAUUUGUUUUUUCCUGUUCUGUGCUUUCAAAGAGAUGAAGCUGCAGAAAUGUUUUUUACUUUAUUCUGUAAAGUUCUGGAAAGUUACUGCUUGAUGAUGAUAAAAUAUCAUGAUAGUGAUUACAUUUUCUGAUUUAAAGAAGAAAAAAGGACAUGAAUCAAACGAGACUGUCGGGGAGAGGCAGCGUUUAUUUUGACCCUGAAAAGCUGUGUGCAGGAGGCCUUGCGUUCGAUGGGAGAGGACUCGGAGUUCACUCGAGGGGACCUGGAUUCCGUUGGGGACAAAAAAAACUUGCAUGUGGAACAUGGACAUGGAGAGAUUGUGCCUUUUUAUUUUUGUGUGGAAAGCUGUUGGAUUUUGUGAUGAAUUCAGAAGAACAUUGCCUUAAACUUAUGACAGAAUGAGAAGGACCCCCCCCCCCGCCCCCUCUCUGUGUUUAUGGAGGGGUGAGAUGGGCGGGACAGGCCGUUGGUUGGCCAAUGGACAGGAAGAACCCUCAGCAUGUUUACCAGGAAUGCCCUACAAGACAGCUUUGUGUUUUCACAUACACACAAACGCGCGCACACACACACACACACACACAGACACACACACACACCGUAUGAUCGUUAUUCCUCUUUAGUUUCCUCUUCUUUAUGUUAUUUAACUCUGUGUACCUGAUUCCUUUUACUUUGCUUACCUUCAAUCUCUUUGCUGUCCAGAAGAAAAAGAAACUAUAUAUGGCUUGUAAGGUAGUUGCCAGUUGAACCAGAGCUAAAGUAGUUGAAGCAGAUUUCAGGUUUUUCGCUCUGCGGUGCUUCUGAAGGUUAGCAUUGCCCAAUGUAGCUUCUCGCAUUAAGGAAAAAAAAAGAACUCAACCAAAAUACAUAUCACUUCCUGUGAAGAGUUAAUUAGCAUGUGGUUUAGUAGAGCAACUUCCAUCUGCAGAAUUUGAAUGCUAUUCAGGCCAUAGACAUUAAACUGAAAAAGGAACCUAAACACAUAUAUAUAUAUAUAUAUAUAUAUAUAUAUAUAUAUAUAUA